AUGGACAUCAGCUCUGGAGAAGAGUCAGAUAUCAGUGAAUCUGAGAUUGAUGACUACAAGGACAAACCAUAUGAGCAACUAAGGGCUGGGAACUAUAAGGUAAAAACUGCAAAUGGCACUCUCAGAUGUCCUUUCUGUGCUGGAAGGAAAAAGCAAGACUACAAAUACAAAGACUUGCUGCAACACGCAUCUGGAGUGGGUGUGGGUUCUGCUAACAGAACUGCAAAGCAAAAGGCUAACCACCUUGCUCUGGCCAAAUUUUUGGAGACUGAUUUAUCUGGUGAAGCAGAGCAAGCCCAAGGGCCACCCUUACCACAACCUCUGAGUCAACCUCAGCGAGAUGAUCCUUAUGUCUGGCCCUGGACUGGAAUAAUGGUAAACAUACAGGACAAGAGCUUACAUAAUUCUGAGUAUUGGCUCAAGGAAUUGGCUAAGUACAGGCCCUUAGAUGUUCGUAUGUUGAAUGAAAAUGACGUAACUGCUCAAGCUGUGGUAGUAUUUAGCGAUGAUUGGAAUGGCUUUUUGAAUGCUAGUGAUUUUGAAAAGUCAUUUGAAACUAAACAUAAUGGCAAAACGGAUUGGAAGCUGCAAAACAUGCAGCCAGGCUCAGACAUUUAUGGGUGGAUUGCUCGGGAAGAUGAUUAUCAUUGUGAGGGGUCAAUAGGGAAAUACCUGCGGAAGAAAGGAAGCUUAAAAAGUUUGUCAGAUAUUGUCCAUGAAUCAUCCAAAAGCAGACAUAGUGUUGUGGCAAACCUAGCGAAUGAAAUUGAUAUGACAAAUGAGAACCUCACAGAAUUGCAAUGCAAGUACAAUGAGACGGCUCUGUCACUCUGUAAGAUUCUUGAGGAGAAAGACCAGCUACAGCAUGCUCUUCUUCAAGAGAGGAGGAGAAGGCAUCAGACUGCAUGGGAGGUGAGACAAAGGAUAAUAGAUGAACAAGAAAACUUAAACAAGGAAUUAGAGGCAAGAAAGCGGAAGCUUGAUUUGUGGAGCAGAGAUUUAAACCAAAGAGAGGCAUUAACUGUGCAACAGAGGCAGAAGCUUGAAGAAGACAAAAGGAUGAGUGAUGUGAGGAAUGAAUCCCUCAAUAAGGCUUCUGCGGAGUGGAAUAAAGCUGAUGCGAAUAUUUUCAGAAUUAUUGAAGAGCAAAAGAGAGAAAAAGAGGAGGCUAUGAGGAGGAUUUUUGAGUUGGAAAAGCAGCUUGAUGAGAAGCACCAGUUGGAAAUUGAAAUAGAACUGUUGAAAGGGAAAUUGAAUAUGAGGAAGCAUCUUGGAGAUAAUGACGCUCUCCAGAUGAAGAUUAAAGAAAAGGAGGAUGAAUUGGAAGAAAAAAUGUUUGACUUAGAUGUUAAGAAUUUAGAGAAUCAAACACUUAUUGUCAGGGAUCGUCAACGCAAUGAUGAACUACAAGAAGCUCGUAAAGAGUUAAUAGAAGGUUCAAAGAACAUGCUAAUUAAUACACGAACUAGUAUUGGGAUUAAGAGAUUGGGAGAGCUUGACGAGAAGGUUUUCGUAGAUGCCUGCAAGAAAAAGCUCCAUCUGGAAGAUGCUCAGACAAAGGGUGUCGAGCUAUGCUCUUCGUGGCAAGAGAACGUGAAGGAUUCAAAGUGGUAUCCUUUUAAAGUGAUCCCUACAGAUCAUGAUGAAGAGCUAAUACUUAAUGAAGAUGAUGAAAAGUUGCAAAAUCUCAAGAAGGAAUGGGGAGGUGAAAUAUACAUGGAGGUCGUUACCGCCUUGAAAGAAAUGAUUGAAUACAAUCCAAGUGGUAGGUAUAUUGUUUCUGAACUAUGGAACUUCAAGGAAAAUAGGCAGGCUACUUUAAAAGAGGUCAUCAGUUACAUUUUGGGGCAGAUUAAGCAACUUAAGCGUAAGAGGACAGCACGCUGA